AUGAUGAUCCGGGUGGUGCUGGCAGCGUUCGCAUUGGCCCAGUCGGUUCGUGGGGCCUGCGUCUGCCCAUCGAACACCAACAAAUAUUCGCAAACCUACCAAAUUGCGACGCCAUUCGAUCCAGAUGAUGACUGGAAUGAUUGCACGCCUCCAGACAAUCAGUGCGUCUAUACGAUUGGCACAGGCAGCGAUUUUCAGGGUGUAGGGCAUUUUACCGCCCUAAAAUUCCAAGAUCCUGAAGGCGUGCUGACGGUGGUCCUGCAGGAUGACAUCUAUAACAUCACGAUCACGGUCGACGAUUACCAGGCGCAAAACGCCACCCUGGGCUCAUAUCUCCCAAAAGCUUCCGUCCUGACUGUGUACAUGUUUUGGAGCAAAAGCGUGACUACGGCGAGCGCCCUCUUCUAUGGAUAUCCCGUCAACGUGACCGGGCCAUCCCCGACCACAGUGGCAACGGCAAUGCCAACCCCCGUCACACUCAGCGGCGGUUCGCCGAGUCCGGCCGGGCUGCUCGGAGUUGACUUAGCCAUCGUGCUCGACACAUCGGUCACCAACUCCUCAUACUUCAAAACGAUGCAAGCGGUAAUUACGAACGCCGCCGCAAACCUGGCAAUUUACAACGAUGAUACGGUGCCUUACGGAGCCAGGCUUGUGCUGCAAACUAUGGCGCAGACAAACCGGCCUAAUAACUUUGGAGAUCCUUGGCAUAUCGACUUUGAUUAUUUUGGGGCGCAGACCGGCACACAAGAAUCGUCCACUCGCAACAACGUCCAGCGAACAUAUGCGAUUUUUACGCAGGGCGCGUUCUCCGACGCCGAUAAAAUUGGAGAUUUGAUUGACACCCUCAAAGUUGCCGAUGUGCACAUGGUUGUCUUUCAUUUCGGUUCCGGGUACCCCAACGCCCAGCUCCAAGCAUUCAUGGCGAAACCCAACUUUGAUUACGUUCAAUACAAAGCAGAUUCACCCGAUUCCUUCCUGAAAGACUAUUUGGUUCGCAGUGAUGCAACAAAAUUCUUCGGUUGUUCUGCCGGGCAAGCCGAGGCUAAGACCAUCCCAGCCGAAGCCACGGGACUGACUUAUUCCUGGCCACCAAAUUACGACACUGCGACGUCGCGGUACUGCAACAACCAAGAUUUCAAGCUUUCCCUGACAGCUGAAGAUGGCAUGAAGGCUAUCUGCAUCGUGAUCUCGGCUUACGAGCUAGAGACGGAAAAGGACUAUGUACGGUUCUGGGAUGCUAGCGGAAGCUUGCGCGCUAGCCUGACCG